AUGUCCAAAGUUAAUAAGAACCCGGUGGUGACCAGCUAUAGGUCUGUACAGGACUUGCUAACACUUAAAGAAUGGUUAUAUAAUUUCAAUGAGACUUUGGAUAAUAGACAUCGAGGAAUACAAAGAAUUAAAGCCUUAGGUAGUAGAGGAAGACUUCCACAUGCAGUGGAAAUCACGGCAUUAUUAACAUCAGUAACACUUUCAGAUCCUCAUGAUAAGGGUAACUUUACUAAACAAUAUGAUGCAAAUAUCUUACAAUUAUCAUAUACUAUGGCAUUAAUUCGAUUUGUUAAUGGACUUCUUGAUCCAUUUCAACAAUCUAAUUUUGCUAUACCACUUCAUCAAUUAGCACGUAAUCUUAAGUUGCCCAGUUUAUUUGUAGAAUUGAGACAUAUGGGAACUCAUGAAGCUUUACCAAACCUUGAUAUUUUAAGAAUAGCCAAGGAUAAGGCCAUGAACUGGUUAUUUGACAACUACUGGUUGACUUUAAAUGAAAACUUAGGUUAUGAUGAUGAAGAAGGAGAUGAUGAAGAAGGAUCAAAUAAUGAAAUUGGUCCUGUUGAAGGGAAACUUUCUGAAAAGGAUGAAAAAUAUGUUCUGAAAGAAUAUAAUAAACUUGCAGAAGUAUGUGAUAAAAUUAUUUCUGGAUUGAAAACUUUUAAAAAAAUAAGGAAACAAGAUCUUGAUAAAGAUUAUAAAUAUGGGAAUACCACUGAAAUAGGUUCAAAAUAUUGGAAAGCCAUUAAGAGUAUUAAAUACUUUUAUGAGGAUGAUAAAAACACUCUACAAAUCGUUCAAACUCUCAUGUAUAAGAACUUUUUGAUUUAUAAUUUUGAUAAAUUAGACACAACCAAGAAACCAACCAAAAAGCUCAACUCACUUCUCAUAAAGCUCUACAAGCCGUUACUUGAUGAAUUUGGUAUAAGGUUCAAAGUCCUUCUCUUAUUCAGUAUUUUUUAUACCUUGAAUCAUAAUGAAGGUGAUUCUCCUGAAGUUGAUUUGGAUACAUUAGUGAAUUAUAGAAUUGGUUUCACCAUUCGUCAUCCUGAUGAAAUAACACAAUUAUUGGAUUGGACUAAAUAUUUAAUGGAAGAUUUAAUUUCAUAUGAGCCAAAGUUCAGUUUCACCACUAUGCGUGGAAGAGUUAUUGAUUCAAGAGUGGAUAUAAUAGAAACUUUAUUAAAUGAUAUACCAUCUGUGGUAAAUUCAAAACGAUUAGAAGUUCUUAUAGCACUUGAAACUUCAUUCAUAAAAUCCAAUUUACAAAAUGAUACAAUAAAACAUCAGAUAAAAGAAGCUAUAACAAAUAUGAAGAGAGAAUUAAAGAUUAAAAAUUUUGCACCACCUCCAUCUUUGGAUGAUAUACUUGGUUUGGAAUCGUCAUCUGACCAGCAAGAUGAACCAUCACAACUCAAGCGAAAACAAUCAGAGGUAGACGAUGAUGUUAAAAGAUAUAAAUCAGACGAUAAAGUAAAUUCUUUGCCGUCAACUUGUUAUCUUUUCGAACCUGCCAAAGAUUGGCAACCAACUGCAUUUGGGACAUUUACAUAA